UUGGCAAAUUACGCCGUCGGGUGAGCUCAACCGCUUUGUGAUGUUCAUCUCUCGUCUCUCUAUUUACUUCUCUCGAUUCACAGCGAUCGACGACUAAAGAGUUUGCUAUGGCUUGUUUCAACGAAAGAAGACGAUGACACGUAAAAGGCAACAGCAACACGCGACGCCUUCUUCGCGUUUCAUUGGAACGUCUGACUAAUCGAUGAGUGCGCUUUUGAAGAGGAAGCAAUGUGGAUCGACCAGUGCGUUUGCCAGUCAGCUAGCUCGCUCCAGUGAUAAAUAGCAGUUGAUAGGCAAUUUGAUAACAUUCAUUCAAAUAUUUUGAUAUGUCUCGAAGAAAACAAACUAAACCUUUCAAAGUUGAGGAAAAGCCGAGUUUGAAAAGAGAUAAAAAGCCGAAAUUAAGAAAUAGCAUAUCGAAAUUAUCAGAGGAACAUCGACCAUCGCAACGCGUUUUGAACAGUGGAAUCCUCAGCGAUGGUGAUGAAACAGCAGGACGAUCAAAGCGCGGAACAAAGUGCAAUCAAUGUGGAAAAGUUUUGGCAUCAUCGUUAUCACUUGCUCGUCACAAGUUGACACAUUCGGAGAGUAAACCGUAUCAAUGUCCAAGAUGUGAUGCUGGGUUCAAGACAUCUUCUAACAUGCAUCGGCAUCUGCGGAUUCAUUUCCGAGAAGAAAAAGAGGAGGAAGUGGAUGUUCCGUUACCAAGGCAGCAACGGUCAUCAUCCAAUCAAAGAACGCCUCGACAAAACAUGCGCACACCCAACAAAUAUAAAGAAUUCGAUGUAGAUCUUGUCGGUGUUGGGCCUCGUGUAAAUGAUAACAUGGUCACGAAUGCAAGAUCAUACUCUAAACCGAGAGAUUCUCAUAAUUCUAGAAAUCAGGCAUCCAGAAAGGAUAAAAAUGUAAAUAUGGGAUCUCUAAAGCAAGAGGAAAAAGCUCACAAUGAUAGCAGUGAGGAUUUACCAGAUUUGAACUUACCAAGAAGACGUGGGAUUUCUGAAUCUUCAAAAGCGGCUGAAGAUUUAGUAUGCCACGUAUGCAAUAAAACAUUUAUCUCCAAAUUCGGACUUCUCACUCAUGCUAUCACUCAUCCAGAGACUGAUUCAACGACAAAGUGCCAUCUUUGUGAUCAAAGUUUUUCCACGCCCAAGGGUUUAACAGUUCAUAAUGUUAUUGUUCAUAAGAUUGCAAAAAACAAGCAACAGAAACUUCUUGACAAGCAUGAGAACCGAGGAUUUAAAGAUAUCUCUAUAGUUGAUUUCUCUGCAAAUAAAUUUCCUGUUGUUGCAGAGGCCGCUUGUACCCAGUCACAUCGAAGUCAAUCACUACGAGAUACUCAGCAUAUUUUCGUAUGCAAGAAAUGUGGCAAUGCUUUUCCACUUUUGCAAGCUCUUGAACUCCACAUGAUGAACGUACAUUGGAAUAGCAAGAAGGAUAAAGUUGUGCCAAAACUUUCUGAGCUCACAAACUUUUUUACCUCAUUGGAUCUAUACGAUACCUCAAAGACAAAUUUAACACCAAAAGAUGUAAAACAAGUUAUUUCUUCUAAAGUGACUCAUGGUAUCGAUGAUGACUUCAUUUACACAUCUGAAACUGUCGCCAUUGAAGAUAUUCCAUCUUGGUUGAAAGAUCAUCCUGAUCUUGACGCAUCAAGUUACCUGAAAGAAAGUGAAGUUGAGUUCACUCCUCCUCGUCUGCGACAUAUCAAACGUAAAUUAUCAUCAAAUAACUACGACGACAGACUAGUGACGUAUGUUGAAAGUGAUGAUGGAAAUGGAUACAGACUUCAAUCUAAAAGAAAAUCCAGAAAUUAUGCGAGCCCUGGAACCAUUCCUCGAAGAUUUGAAGAUUCUCCGCAGCAAGGCGAUAAUAAAGCAUCGGGAGAACGAAAUGUGUUUUGGUGUCGAAUUUGUAAUUAUUCAUCCCAUGAAAAAAGUGCUCUUGUUAGGCAUUUACUCACACACAGUGGAAUUCGCCCUUAUUUUUGUAAGAUUUGUGACUAUGCAUUUACAACGAAAGCCAACUGUGAGAGACAUGUACGGAAAAGACAUAAUCGCAUUGGUAGAGCUGAACUGGAUGCAGCAGUCAAAUGUGAUUGGGAAAUGUUAAAAAACGCUCCAAAAGAUGAUAUUUACAUGAUUUCUGGAAGUAAUUCUUCUUGUCCUGUCUGUAACAAAUCUUUCUCCUGCAAUAAUGAACUCAAACAACACCUCAAAGAACAUGAAGAAAAGCAAUUCAUCUGUCAGGUUUGCAAUAUAAGAUGUACAACACACAAUAACUGCGUUCGACACAUCCUACAGAAACAUCCCGAUAUACCUCAGAAAGAAAUUAAUAAUAUCAUUAUUUUUACUGGAACGAGAAGUAGAAGACCGCAUUUGAAGAGAGGAUCUGAUGCUAUGAACGAUGAAAUGAUUGAUAUCAGCAGAGGUCACCUUGGAAGAAGAAAAUCUCUGAAGCACAGUUCAUCCAUGUUGAAAUCCAGGACGAAGCACUUGAGCCAAGAUGGACCUCCAUUGAAACAACAGCGAUUAUCUGCUAAUGAUGACGGCGAUUCUCAACAAAGUAAUAUCGCUGAUGAUGAAGACAGCAAUAUACCAAUGAGCUUGCCAGAAACUGGUGAAUGGAAGAAGCAACAUGAACAAACGACCAAAUCUCAGAAAUUUCUACCUCUCAUACCUUUAUUAAAGAUAAAAGCUUACAAUGAAGCAGCUACUAGAUCAUAUACCGACAUGGUUGCAUUUUAUCAAAAUCUCAAUUUCUUCAAUAAUAAUAUUAACGAUCCAUUGGAUGAUACGAUCGUACCGAUGGCCGACUCUCCUGUCUUAAAUCAGGAUGAAGAAAAUAUGCAAGGAAUGGAGACAGCAUUUAUUUGUCAGUCAUGUUCUACAACUUUCAACACAGAAGAUGAACUUACUAAUCAUAUUCUUACAUGUACAGUUGAUAAUGCAGAUGUUGAUGAUAACAUAGUGGAGAAAUACAAACAUCUCAUGACUUCAGAAGACGAUUAUGCCAAUAGAUGGAAAAGGGAAGAUUAUUUUGGUACCAAGGCUGAUAAUAUGAAUGAUGAAUGGCUUACUUCACAGUCUGAACAACAGACUCCUUUUUGGGAAAGGAGCUCGAAUGGAACUCCUGUAAAAGGUCAAUCAACACCAACUAUGAAUGAUAUUUCUUUGCUUUCACAAAAUUUGGAAUCUCCGUCACAAUUGAACGUGUUCGAAAACAGUCAAGUUGUCGAGCAAUGGAUAAACAAUUCUAGCCAAUCAUCAUUUGCCGAUAAAUCGAUGGACAGCGAACCUGCCCAGGAAUUUGAUCCGUUGUAUAAUGUUGAUGGUCCGAGAGUAUUUGCGUCUUCUUCAACCCAUGCAACCAAAGAAUCAUCUUACGUGGAAGAUAGUCUUCUGAUGUCAAUGUUCGGAGAUGAAGGAAGAGAGAAAGAAUUUGUCGAUGAUGAUACGGAUAUAAACAACCAAUCAAGCAUGGCAAUAUCAAGAUAUACUUCCAGUUUGCCAACAAUGGUGAACAUGAAAAGUGCCGCAAUGUCCAGGAUGAGAUACCAGGGUGGUGAGAAUCAAUUUGGAUCUACGGAAAAUUCUGACGAUAAAUUGCUUGCACCAAAUAAAGGAAAAUAUUUCUCAGGGAGAAAAUGUCCGCAGUGUGAUAAAACUUUUCCAUGGGCUUCUUCAUUAAGACGUCACAUCAUGACGCACACUGGUUUGAAGUUAUACAUGUGUCGUUUAUGUAAAAUGAGAUUUACGACAAGAUCAAAUCUGAUCAGGCACGUUUAUCGUCGGCAUGGUAUGGCCAAACAGCAUCCUGACUUUUCAUCAUGCUUAGCCAAACUACAUCCUUCUGACACAUUACUGAGAGAAGUAGAAGCAGACGUUCGUCGUCGAGUCGACGGAAGCAAAAAAGGCAAUUCUAUCAUGGACAGCGUUAACGGUGAAAUUGAAAGUAACGGCAGUCUCGAUGAUGGUGAUAAUCAAGAAGAUAAUAUGCAAGGCGUUGUUAGAAAGAAAAAAGGGUUUGCUUCGGAUUAUCAAUCGAUGUUGGAAGAAGAUCCAGAAACUUUAUUAGUUGAUCUGGAUUACAGUCCGAGAGAUGAACUUGGUAAUGCUGUUGAAGGAAAAAAAUUGAAAUCACCCUCGGGGGGGAAAUCGACACCAAAAAAAGAGAAAUUGGAAGAGCUGCAACCUAUAGAUGACCAAGAAGACCAGAGUACUGCUGAUACCGAAACAGAAACAUCGACCAAAGAAAAGGAUUCCAAUAAGCCCUUGUCGCAAAUGUCAGAUGACAAAAAUAUGGCAGAGGCUCUUCAGCAAGCUGAAAACAAAAUGCAGUUGGUGCCUCAUUAUCACAGAGGAAAGAAUCUCAGACGAAGAUCUGACAACAAGUCACAAUCACCAGCUCCAGUAGAUUCACCGACAAAAAAUACGCCCGAAAAGGCUGAGGAAGUGAAAGAAAGUCUUACAACUACACCUACUAUCGAAUCCGGUAAAGCAAAGGGACGAAAUAAACAGUCUACUCAAUAUGUGUGUGGUUUGUGUAAGAAAAUAUUCAAGACCGUGCCAGAUUUGAUAUCCCAUCUUGAUAUACAUGAUGUACCACAUGCAUGGCAUUGUCCAGAAUGCAGCGUACCUUUCACAAACAAGUACAAUUGCCAACGUCAUUUGAGUCGACGGCCACGGACGUUCAGACUUGCAACCGAUAUAUGUUGAGGAUUUAAAACAUGGUCCACGGAACGCUAGAGGACGUCCUUUGAAAUCUAUCCCAGAUUCUCCAUCAGGCAAAAAAGAUCGAUUGAUCGAGGAGGAUAAGUAGCUGAAACCACCAUUUCUUUAUUAUUUAUUAAAAUCGUAAUAAUUUUUUUUUAUAUCUUCAAUAUUUGAAUCAUGUCAUAACUUUUUCAUUGCAAUG